GCGUUUUGGAAAUCUACAUUAAUUCAUAUGUUCUGGCAGGAGGAAGAGCUUCGUCUCGCCUGCCCGGCAAUCCGUAACAAGGGAACGGGCUCUUAAAGGGCAAGGCCAUGCCUUGGCUGGCUUGACAGAGUCCUUUGAUCCAAAGAAGCCAAAGGCUUCCCGUAGGAGACAACUUGUCGGUCGCCAGGCGUUGAGGAAGACAUGCGCGUCCCAUAAUGGAGAUAAAGGAUUCGGGCAGCGUGGUGCUGACAGCCUACCAUUCUUACACUCCAUCCCGGCUGCCGAGCAGGGUGGAGCAGAGCUUCGUUCCAGAGAGUCCCCCAAGCCGCUCUUCUCUCAGGAAAUCUCUCCCUCGUUGCCAACGAAUUAGCAGAAUGCUCUCCAAUGAAUCAUUGCGCCCUCCCAUGUAUAGUCGUUCCAAUUCUCAAGCGUCUGUUGAUAGCACUUCAAUGGAGGAUUUCUGGUGUGAGGUAGAAAACAUCAAGGAGAGCACAGAAGACAGGCAAGAUGAGCAGAACCUGUUAGAGGUCAAACCUCCUGAUGAAGGUGAACUAGAAGCUGAAUGGUUGCAAGAUGUUGGCCUGUCUACAUUAAUAUCAGAAUCUGAAGAAGACAAUGGAGAAGCAUUGCUAUCAACAUUGACCCGAACUCAAGCAGCUGCAGUGCAAAAGAGAUAUACCACAUAUUCUCAGACCAUGAGAAAGAAAAAUAAACACACAAUCAGAGAUGUGCGUGAUAUCUUUGGUAUUCAUAAUUCCUCUCCUACAUUUGAGACUAUAUCAGUGUUACCUGUCACAACCAAUGGUAUUGAUUUUUCUGUGCAGAAUCCAGAUUGGAAAAUGGUUAGCUCUAGUGACUGUAUGGAAUAUAAACUCAAUAAAGGCAGUCAGUUGGAGAAAGAGGAGCUUUCCCUUGAAAUUUCCUUCUCAGAAUCAAUCACGGUGCCUCCAAAACACAGAGAAUGUCACAAAAGUCAAAGGUUAAAAAAGGAUGAUUCUGCAUUACCUAAAUAUACAAUUAGGAAAAGUCGACUUGGAUUAACUGAAGUUGGAGAUUUGUCUCCUGAGGACAUGAAGAAAAUUCGUUAUCUCUCUCUGAUUGAAUUAACGGCUGUCUAUGAUGCUUUAGGAAUAGAAUUGAAAAGGAACCGGACAGAAAGGAUGAAAAGGCGAGAAAAUGGCCUUUUUGGAGUUCCACUAGCAGUACUCUUGGAAAAUGAUCAAAAGAAGUUUCCUGGAAUUAAAGUCCCCCUUAUUUUUCAAAAACUAUUGCUCAAACUUGAGGAAACUGGUCUGGAAACAGAAGGUAUUCUUCGAGUGCCUGGAUCUGCUUGCAGGGUGAAGAGUCUUCGUCAAGAAAUUGAAGCAAAAUUUGAUGAAGAUACUUUUGACUGGGAUCAAGUACGCAAUAAUGAUGCCGCAGGACUGCUGAAGAUGUUUGUACGAGAACUACCAAGUCCUCUCUUCCCUGUGGAAUAUUUGCCUGCUUUUAUCACAUUAGUAGAAAAAAUUCCCAAAACCAAACUGCAGCUUCAGGCUUUGCAUUUGCUGAUCAUGCUUCUUCCUGAAUCUAGUCGCGAUGCAGCCAAGGCCCUUCUACAGUUUUUGAAGAAGGUAGUUGCUAAUGAAAAUAAAAAUAAAAUGACUUUAUGGAAUGUCUCCAUGAUUGUUGCCCCAAACCUCUUCAUCUACAAAGGCAAACAUGCCAAUCAAGAAGAGAUGCUAGCAGCAGCCACCACUGCUCAUGUUGUAAGGCUUUUAAUUAAAUACCAAGAUAUCCUAUGGAUGGUCCCAACAUUUCUGAUUACUCAAGUGCGAAAGAUGAAUGAAGCUGCAAUGAACAAUAUGAAAAAGCAGCUCAUGUUUGACAAGGGUGUAAGAAAACUAUUGAGAAGGAAAACUAUGGACCGGGAGAGGCCAGAAAGAACAGAGUCUGAUAUACCUGAAGGUGUGAUAAGAGUCCAUGCUCCAUUGCAUUCAAAAGUUUCUAUGGCAAUUCAACCAAAUAAUCAAACAAAAGCGAAAGAUAUUGUGGCACGAUUUUAUUAUGAAAACAGACCUGGAUCAUCAGAAGAAUUGAAAAUGCCAAUCCAAAGUUUAUAUGAAAUUGGAGGAAAUAUAGGGGAGCAUUGUUUGGAUCCAGAUGCGUAUAUGCUGGAUGUGUACCGUGCCAAUCCUCAAGCAGAGUGGGUAAUUAAAGAAAAAAGAAGUUCAAUAUUUUAAAGACAUAUUGGCAGAGUGUUUGGAUUAAUCUGAAAAGAACAGUGCAAAAGUCUUCCCAUCAGGAACCAUAAUGAAGCCAAAGAAGGUGUACUCUGUAUCUUUUAAACAUAAACAAAGCCCUUUAUCCUCAAGUAUUAUAGAACCUGAGAGAAAUUCAGGUUAAUCGUUUGUUAUAAUAAUAAUUUAUUUUUAGUGAAUACAUUCUUACUGGUUUUAUUGGUACAGUUGAUGCGGUUAAAUAAUACAAUUUGAAAUGUACAUUAACAGAAAAGAAACUUGUUUUUUUCUCCCCCAAUGCCCCUGAGAAGGGAGCUGUACAGUGGCAUCCCAAGACGGAAGAAUCACAUUUUAAUAGUAAAGUUCUCAAUAUAAAGAAAAUAGCAUUUUUUAAAGCAAAAAAUAAAAGCAGAUGGCCAGAAUGCUAUGAUAACUUUUUCCUGUUCAAAAACAUUUUUUUAUUAUGAAAUAUUAUUACUCUGUGACUCAGUUCCUAUUGCUAGCUACCACUGAGAAGAAAAACUACUGUAUAAAGUAUAUUUAGUGUAUUGUAUAUGAAUAUAAAUAGUACAUAGAAUUGCAAGAAAAAAUUAUCAUUUUUUCUGACUUUGCCCAUUAUUGUACAGCUAACACAAUUUAAUAUACAGUAUAAAUAUUUUGUAUGGUAUACCAACGAUAAACCUACAUACGUUGAAACUUCCUCCCUCCUAUAUAAAGAAAAAAAAUGUAAAUGUAGUUAGAUACUUCACAAAGUGUUCUUUAAAAUUUAAUAUCCACACCAUAUUUAUCCAGGAUGUUCUCGAGUUGCAACAGUUUGUUUGGUGACCAUUUUAAGUUACAAUGGCACUGAAAAAAAUGACUUACGUCCGUUUUUCACACUUACAACCAUUGCUGCAUCCCCAUGAUCACGUGAUUAAAAUUCAGAACUCUUGGCAACUGAUUCAUCUUUAUGACAGCUGAAAUGUCUUGGGGGUCAUGUGAUUACAUUUUGUGACUUUCUGACAAGCAAGUCAAUGCGGAUUCACUUAACAACUGUGUUACUAAUUUAACAACUGUAGUGAGUCACUUAACUGUGACAAGAACAGUCGGAAAUGGGACAAAAUUUAUUUAGCACCCGUCUCACUUAGAAACAAAAAUUUUGACCUCAAUUGUGGCUGUAAGUCGAAGACUACCUGUAGCGGUUUUGCAAGUACCAGUUCAGAGUUAUUUGUCUUCCUUGUCCAAAACAUAUUUUCUUAUUAUUUCUUUUGCUUUAUGUUUGAAAUAUAUUAUGGAAAAUGAUUUCUUUUUGAACUUUACAUAAAAUAUAACUCUUGAUUAAAUCAAUGCCUAUUAAAGCCGAGUGUCCUUUAAAUGUUGCACAUGUUCACAUAUGAGAAAACAUAUGAAAAGUAGCAUGACAGAAAGAUGAGUGGCAAGAAAAGGAAUAAAUAAAUAAAAAUAAAAUAAUUAUCAGUAAAAACAUUUUACUGAUAAAAUUGUAAAUACCCAUUUUGAAG